UACAAUGACGUUGCCUCGUCUAUGGUGGCCUGUUUUGUUUGGCACUCCCUAGCUUUGUUUCUUCGAGCCGGCGAUUAAAAGUCUGCCCGGGAGAAGCCAUGGCCGAAGAGGCCUCGGGAGCCGCCCGGCCGCCCGAACACGACGGGCUUCUCCAGCAGCGUAUCGAAGAUCUGGAGCAGGAGCGGGCCGAGUUCCACAAGCUCAAACAGCAGCUGGAGAUGGAGUUCAACCAGAAGCGUGCUAAGUUCAAGGAGCUCUAUUUGUCCAAAGAAGAGGAGCUGAAGCGUCAGGCAGCGUCUCUGGAGAGCGCCCAGGUAGAGCUGAGCAACAUGCAGGCCCAGCUGGCCGACGCCAAGGCCGAGAUGGAGAACAUCAAAGCUGUGGCCACCGUCUCGGAGAGCACCAAGCAGGAGGCCAUCGACCAGGUCAAGCAGCAGUGGCAGGAGGAGGUGGUGUCCUUACAGGCCAUCAUGAAAGACACGUUGCGGGAGUACGAGGUGCAAUUCCACCAACGACUGGAGCAGGAGCGAGGGCAGUGGGCGCAGUAUCGAGAAGGGGUCGAGAGAGAGCUGGCGGAACUGCGGCGCAGACUCUCCGAAGGCCAAGUGGAGGAGAACCUGGAGAACGAGAUGAAAAAGGCUCAGGAGGAUGCUGAGAAACUUCGCUCUGUGGUGAUGCCAAUGGAGCAUGAAAUCGCUGCUCUGAAGGCCAAGCUGACAAGCGCAGAGGAGCGGGUUAAGGAACUUGAAGCAGCUAAGGUGAAGGAGCUCAACCAUGUUCUCGAGGCUGAGAAGUCGUGCCGGACCGAUUUGGAGAUGUACGUUGCUGUUCUCAAUACCCAGAAAUCUGUCCUCCAGGAGGACGCUGAGAAACUUCGGAAAGAGCUCCACGAAGUGUGUCACAUGUUGGAGCUUGAGCGGCAGCAGCACAACCAGUUGAAACACACUUGGCAGCGCGCCAACGACCAGUUCCUGGAGUCGCAGCGGCUGCUGAUGCGAGACAUGCAACGCAUAGAGAGCGUGCUGAGCUCUGAACAGCUGCGCCAGGUCGAGGAGAUGAAAAGGAGGGACCAGGAGGAGGAUGAGAAGGAGCAGCUCAGUCAGGCUCAGGAAGUUGGCGAGGAUGACACCGCAGACCACACGGAGGCCGGAGAGGACUCUUUUCUUGGCUUUUCUAUAGAGGAGUCCCACCUGAAUCACAGCAUCCACAGCUCUAUACACUCGCUGGACGAGGACAGGCCGGACUCGUGCGACCCCUGUAGGGAUGGCCUCCGUCGUGUCCAGUCCACAGACAGCCUGGGCUCUUCUGGAAACGCCCUGCAACCUCAAGGACUCAACCACAAAGCCAAAUCAGCCAGCAAUCUGGACGAGUCAGAGUUCGGCCCGCUGGUCGGGGCCGAGUACAGCCCCUCUGUGGCACCCUCGAUCGGUUCCCUUCCUUUCCUCCUCACCAAGGACCAGGAGAAGGCCAUCAAGGCCAUGACACCCGAGCAGGAGGAAACAGCGUCACUCCUCUCGAGCAUAUCACAGCGGCUCGACGCGACCUACCUGCCUCCAGCCGGCUACCGAUUGGUCAGCGACUCGGAGUGGAACCUGCUUCAGCAGGAGCUGAAGAAUGCAGGGAGGAAGUUGGGCCGGCGCUGUGACAUGUGCUCCAAUUAUGAGAAACAGCUUCAGGUCAUUCAGGGGCAGGAGGCGGAGACACGAGAUCAGGUGAAGAAGCUGCAGGUCAUGCUUCGGCAGGCCAACGAUCAGCUGGAGAGGACGAUGAACGAGAAGCAGGAGUUGGAAGACUCGAUGAAGCAGGGCCAUGAAGAAACCAACACUAAGGUCUCAGCGCUGAUGCAGAAAGUCCAGGAGUCCGAGUCGACGCUGAGCGCGCUCCAGCAAGCCUUCAGCCAGGCCAAGAGGAACACCCAGGAACAGAUGUCUGUGUUGCUGAAAUCCCGGGAACAGGUGGCUGAGGAGCUGAGCAGGCUGCAGAGAGACAACGAGAGUCUACAGGGCAAACACAGGCUUCACCUGACGCUGCAGCAGGAGGAGAACUUCCAGAUGCCCACAACCACCCAGGAGCUCCAGUCUCUGGUGCUGCAGUACCGCGAGGACAUCGUCUCCGUGCGCACUGCAUCCGAGCACCUGGAAGAGAAGCUGAAGGCCGAGAUCUUGUUCCUGAAGGAGCAGAUCCAGGCAGAGCAGUGCCUCAAAGAGAACCUAGAGGACACACUACAGCUGGAGAUCGAGGGCUGCAAAGAGGAGAUUGCGUCUUUCUCCAGCCUGAAGACGGAGUUGGAGCGAGUGAAGACUGAAAAAGAGCAGCUCGAGAGCAGCCUGGCCGAGAAGAGCCGAGCAUUAGAGAGCGUCCAGGGUCUGAAAAGCAGCUUGGAGGACCAGCUGAAAGACGCGCUCUCCAGCAAGACUGCCCUGGAGAGUCAAGUGUUUGACGAGAAGGACAAAGCACAGAGACUACAAACAGAGCUGGAUGUCAGCGAGCAGGUCCAGAGAGACUUCGUCAAGCUUUCACAGACUCUGCAAGUCCAGUUGGAGAGAAUCCGGCAGGCGGACUCUUUAGAGCGAAUCCGCGCCAUCCUCAACGACACCAACCUGACAGACAUCAGCCAGCUUCCUGAGACAUGAUACCCCCUCUUCAUCCAGCAUCCUCCUUUCUUCUCUCUCUCUCUCUCUCUCUCUCUCUCUCUCACACACACACACACACACACUUCCCUUGUUUCUCAGAUCUCCGUACAUCUCCAUCCCUUACUGAGGGUCGGGCUGGGCUGGGCUUUUUAAAAACACUCCACUGUACCACUUUAAGAAAAAGAAAAGGCUCUGACACACGAGAGAACACUACGACUAUUUACUACGGCUCUUCGAGCAUGACUAAAUGUGAAACGUCUCUGUGUGUCUUUCUCCUCAUGCUUCACUUCGUUCCUGGCCUACUUUACUUUCUUGUUUCAUCUGCUGAGCCGAAAAAGACGGGGACUUAUGAAGGAUCUGCUAGUAGUAUUUGUACAUACGCGUGUGUGUGUGUGUAUACAGAAUAUAUGUAUAUUGCAUUAAGUUAAUUUGGCCGUACGUGUGGCUUCCAGCGUCCGUGACUCAUUUCAUAGUUCGAACCCGUGCUGUCAGUAUUCCUCUCGUUCAAAAGGGUUAUCGGACAAAUCGAGGACUCCCGCCACUCGACGGAGCAAAGGCGUCGAACGAUUUCCCGACGCCGCAGUCUGUCCGGUGGGUCUGAUGACGUUUGUACGUUUUCGGUUCUCCCCAUCACCGAUUCACGUCGGACGCCGAACGUGUAGCCGCUGCCAUGUUCCAAUGUCCAGUAACACUGUAAAGCUCAGUGAGGUGAGUACCGUGUACGUUCUUCAUUACUAUAAGAAAACGUAGCGCUUUUUAUGUCCUGAAUUAAAACCGCACAACGAGGAAUCCUGAUCCAAAGGCGAGCGCUAUGGACGCGAGUCGAGUAGAAAAUAGGACGGGAGUAUUAUCCGGCUGCUGCUCAAACCCCGGAAUUAAUUCUGGAUCACUUCAAGGGUGGACAAAUCGUAGAUUUAUGAGGCCUCCAGGCUCGGAAACAACAAUAAUAAUAGGCAAAAAGAGCUAACGGAACGUUUUAUAAUAUAUCCCUGGCUAUAUGGUUUGCUAGUUGUGUAUGCAAAAUCCCAUGCGAGUAGUGCGGCAGGUGGUUUAAUUCGGAAAGGAUAGCAUGCCGUAGCAUUGAGAGCACGUUUUGUUGAACAACCGAAGGACAAGUCCACACGCAUCGUCGUCAUCUGCACGAGAGUCAUUUUUCUAAACCGGGCUAUGUUGUUGUAUAUGAAUAAUUUGUACAAAUUACACACGUAUGAUCAUAUCUUGCGUACAGUGCUGCUGAUUCUCCCUGCAAACACAAUGUCGAAAUUGAUUAAUCAGCAAGUUCACUGUGUGGCCUGACACUUUUUUUUUUCUUUCUUUCUCGCCCAUUGCGUAACGUUUCUUAGAGAAUCAGUCGCUGAUGAAAUGCAGCUUCCUUCUUUCUCUCGUUCUGAACGGAACGUCUAGACGACACAAGUUUACACAACGCUGCUGGUUAAAUGUAAGCAGCACCUUCCUGACCUGAAGUAGUGUUAGGGUUUUGUUUUUUUUUUUUUAAUUAUGAGUGUCAUCUUUCUUUUUAAUUCACAUCCAUCUGUUGGUUCAUUGAAACAGGCUACAGUUAUGGAUUUUGCUGCUUCCCCAUUUAUUCGAUAGGAACACCACACUGACACACAAUGAACUUUUCUAACUACCUUUUAAAAUAUUCAUGGAGCUCUAAACGACAGUGAUAUCGUGUGGAUUAAACCGAGUGACGAGAUCAUGUUCCUCUAAUCCAGUCUGAUUUUAUGGUUCUACUCUUGCCUUGUGGAAAACUAGUUUAACAACAUUAACGUUCUGUUCGCAUGGAAGAUUUAUAUACUGUACUGUGUACAUAUCUCUGUACAUAUCUAAUAAACCAGACUGUACUGAAAGCACAGCCGA